UCGCGGCUGCGCGCAGCGACGCCUGUGCUCGAUGUCGGUUACUGGAAAGCAGAGGGGAAUUGGCUCCCACAGAACACCCCCUGUCGAUUGCUGAUAAUCUUAUUCAGAGAAUUUAAGGGGGAAACGCUCUUCCAAGGACGCAUCAGACCAAAGGAAAUGUAUCUCACGAACGACAGCAUUUGGGAGUUCUUGGCUAUGGAGAGUCCGAACUUUACGCACGGUCCAGUUGUCAAUGAAUCGCUGCCGCCGGACCUACCCACGACUGGGGAAAAAAUCGCUUUACCGAUUUUUAUGUUUGCCGGUGGUGCUAUUGGAAAUUUGAUUGCGAUAGUCGUACUUUCAGUAUCGCGACAGGAGAAAAAAACCUCGGCAUUCUACACCUUGGUGUGCGGUUUGGCGGUUACGGACUUAUUGGGCACAUGUUUGGCCAGCCCGGUAACCAUAGCCAACUACCUGAACCCGGGUGUACUGAAGGACGUGAACGUGUGCAAGUUUCAGUCCUUUUUGUUGCUGUUUUUUAGUUUGACCGGGCUGAGCAUCAUAUGCACCAUGGCAGCAGAGAGGUACUUGGCCAUAUGCUGCCCGUACACCUACCACCAGUGGGGAGUGGACCGUCGUUUUGCGCAGAAGUUCUUCUUCUUCAUUUACAUCAGUCACAGCUUCUUCUGCUGCCUCCCCAUGAUGGGCAUCGUGGAGAGCCAGCUGCAGCAGUCCAGGACCUGGUGCUUCAUCGACUGGAGGACUCGGGAGCCGGUGGCCGCCGCGUAUUCUGUCCUGUACGGCGUGGUGAGCCUGCUGCUGAUCCUGGGCACCAUCGCGCUGAACCUGGCGGUGUGCGGGACGCUGCUGCUGAUGCGCCGCAGGACCGUCCAGCGGCCGGUCACCAGAACCAGCGUCCGGGACAGGUGGAGGGCGCUGUCCUCCGCGGCAGAGACGCAGAUGAUCGCGGUGCUGGUGAUGACAUCCGUGGUGGUUCUGACCUGUUCGUCCCCACUGGUGGUCCGUGUGUUUGCCAACCGCGUCAAAAAUGACUACAAAGCAGAUCUCUCUGCCAUAAGGUAUGCCUCAUUGAACCCCAUUCUGGAUCCUUGGAUCUACAUCCUCCUCCGGAGAUCCCUUUUUCGAAAGUUGCUCAAUUUAACCAGGCGGCGCACCAACCCCGGCAACACUUCCUCUCCCUCGCCACAGAUGGGUCUGCUGUGCUCUGAUAUGACGGGGGACGGCCAUGUGUUCACUCAGCUGAUGUGCAAUGCAAACAUCCUCACUCAGCUGCCUGCUACUGUAACGUUCACUCACUGUGGCAUGGAUGGCCUUUGCCAGACUUAAGACUUUGCCGACUCAGCACACGGUGAAACCUGUGAAAGUGUGCCCUAAGCAGCUUCACGACAGGCUGCAGACUCCGUUUGUGGCGUGCCAGCGCGACAGAAGAGCCAAGGAUGAGUGCGGAAAGCACCUUUGCACAGGAGCCGUAUGGAGCUUCCGGGUUUAUUCAUUAAAUAAAAGCAGAACGGUCUCCUGACUGUGGCGCCGGCCUCCAGGAACAAGCACGGAAAUAGUUUGACUCUAACGUAAUCAUUAAAGUGCAAUUAGGAGACACUAACUGGGCUAUAUUUUGUGCCUCUCCGCGUUCCACGCAGUCACCUUGGGAUUUUCACGUUACAGAUACAAGUUUUACUCCAGAUAAGCAAACUGUUUGCUAUUUCAGCCUCUGUCAAAUAUUUAUCACCGAGCCCACCUGCGUCCAGUCCUGUCUUCCACCACAUCAAUACGUUCAUUUAAUCAGCUCCCGCACAAAGGCAAGCAGCCUGUUUCAAACAGCAUGGUUCGAAUGAUGUUUUCUGUACCAGGAGUGACGGUUUUAGACAUCAAUGAGGAACAUUCUCCAACACUAGCGCAUCUCUUAACCAGUUGAGACCAAUGUCAGACAUUGGUUUUAACAGGUUUCAGAAGGCUUUUUAAAGCCUAAGGGUUUUUCUAUAAUGUUUUCAAAAGGUCAACUAAUAUUAUGUGUUACGUCUGUGCCUCCGAUAACACAAAAAUGGGAUAUAAAUCCUUUUUUUUCUUUUUUCCUACAAAAAGGGUCAAUAUUUUUCCCUCAUUGUUAAUUACUAAGUAGAAAGAGCAUUGCCAGAGAGCACAGCAAGGUAGAAUAUGUUCAACAAAAAAGAUCAAAUAAGAUUUAAAAUGUCACAAGUCAAGCACAAUUUUCUAAUUCAUAAAGCCAAAUACUAAUCAUCCAACAGUAAAAUGUUUUGUUUCUGUUCCUUGUGCUUCGAAAGAUAAUGUUAUGGUUUUGGUUACUGUUGUGAUGUGGGUUUUCUGGCUUUAUUAGAAUAUUUAUGUGUUCUGUUGUGUUUUGUCCUUAAAUUAUUUUUGUAUUAGGAAUGACGAUGAAAAAAAUGUUUUGCACUGACCCAAACAUGCUGCUGAUAUCUGUUUCUAUUAAAGAGUACUGAUUACUAUCCAGUGAAUCUGAAUCAGACCGCGCUGGUUUGUGUGUUACCUAUGUGAACAAACCC